UCAAACCUGCUGUCCAAAGCGCUCCUGGUUGGAAGUUGUUUGGAAAAGUCCCACCCAGGGAAAACCUUCCAAAGGAUUCCAAAAUUAUUCAGCAGGAUGACAGUUCUGGCAGUCUUGCGUCAAUAUCUACUCUCAGUCUAUUAAACACAGGGGAAUAUGAAGCACGGACAGGAAGAAUGUAUAAACCUCCACCCCCUUCAGCAAGACGUAAAAAUAUUGAAUUUGAACCACUUUCAACUACUGCUUUGAUUCUGGAGGAUCGACCAGCAAAUCUUCCUGCCAAGUCAGUGGAGGAGGCUUUACGUCACCGUCAAGAAUAUGAUGAGAUGGUGGCAGAGGCAAAAAAACGAGAAAUUAAAGAAGCACAUAAAAGGAAAAAAAUAAUGAAAGAGCGUUUCAAGCAAGAAGAGAAUAUCGCUAGUGCUAUGGUGAUUUGGGUCAAUGAAAUACUACCCAACUGGGAAGGCAUGCGUGCUACCCGAAGAGUUCGAGAGCUGUGGUGGCAGGGAUUACCUCCAAGUGUACGUGGGAAAGUUUGGAGUCUAGCUGUGGGAAAUGAAUUAAAUAUCACUCCUGAACUUUAUGAAAUCUUCUUGUCAAGAGCUAAGGAACGAUGGAAAAGCUUCAGUGAGACAAGUUCUGAGAAUGACGUAGAAGGUGAGAUCUCCUGAAUGCUAGGCAGCCU